AAAAGGGAAAAUUCUUGCCUCAAAAAAAAAAAAAAAAACACUUAACUUUUUUUUGUGUGAUUUUUUUCAAUGGACAUAGAGUUAGCAAAGUGUGAAUGUUGUGGACUAAAAGAAGAUUGUACACAAGACUACAUUAGUCAAGUUAAAGAAAAUUUUGAUGGAAAAUGGCUAUGUGGACUUUGUUCAGAAGCAGUUAGAGAUGAAGUUAACAGAGGAAAACAACAAUUUCUUUGUAUGGAAGAUGCUGUUAAAGCACAUAUGUCAUUUUGUAGAAAAUAUAAAUCAAAUCCAGCAAUUAAAGUAGCUGAUGGAAUGAGACAAAUGUUAAGAAGAAGGUCUGAUUUAACAUCAUCAUCAUCAUCAUCUUCAAAUUCAUCUAAUUCCAAGAAGUAUUCAAGAUCAACAAGUUCUAUCUCCUAUUAUUAAUUACGUUUGUUUCAGUCUCAAACAAGUUGGAAUCGACUAUAUGAAUCACCUGAGAAAAAAAGGGUAACUUCAACUUUUGGUGGAAAAUAAAAAGGUCUAACAACAAGUUUUUUUUUUUUUUUUUUUUCUCAUGGAGAAAUCUUUUCUUGAUUUCCAAUUUUCCAUCUUGUCUUGUAUAGAGGAUGUUUGUUUUUUUCAAUCUACUAGUGGAGAUAAAAAAUUUUUUUGGUUA